UACCUCCCCUUGGAUGCGGCAGCGGAGCGGCUCGGCGUCAUCGUCAGCAGCUGGUUGCUGCCCCACCUCCUCCUCGUCCAAGUCUGCGUCAGCGGGGGGCGGCGGAGCCGCCCUGCGUGGGGUUUCCUCCGGCGGCGGAGAAGGAGGCGAGGCGAGUGGCGAGGCGGAUGGAGGAGGAGUUGGAGGGGCUGGCUUUGCGCCGCAGGUGAAGCCGGCUGGCGGGCUGGGAGCGGCGGCGGGGGCUGCUGCCGUGCCGGCCCCCGGCGGCCUUGCAGGGGGCGCUGUAAUCCGCCGCACCGCCACCGCCACCGCCCAGCCCCGCCUCAUCCCCCUCACCAACCCGCCUGACACCACCCUGGCAGCCACCACCUCCACCACCACCGCUCCCUUUGCUCAUGCGCCCCUUCCAGUGCCACCACCACCACCACUACCUCCGACCGCUGCCUCCUCCACCUCCACCGCCGCCGUCCUGCCCAGCCUGCGCGCCAGCCUGACCCCCCUGGAGUACGGCCUCGAGGCCACUCACACGCUGGACUCCCUGCGUCGGCGCAUGCGGCAGCUGGAGGCGGAACACGGGCGGCUGCAGCUGCUGCAGGAGAGCAUUCAGGGCUCCCUGCCCUGGCGCAGCAGGAGCAUCGGAGGAGGAGGAGCAGCAGGGGCGG